UACACAAAUCAAACAUUGUUAACAUUAACCAAUGCCUGAAAUCAUUCAUAACGACGGAACCUUGAAAAAUUAAAGGCAAAUUAACACCUGGGAUAUAAUUAGAUCAUAUAAUAAUCCGGUAAUGUUUGUUUGCAGUUUUCAAGGCAAAGGAGGAAUGGAAUGUCUUCAAACUGGGGAAACUCAAGGUAGCUUUUUUUGACGAUUUCAGUAAUUCACUGCGUUGAUUAAUGAUUUUGAAGAAAAUCAAGUACUGUACUCUUUGUUAACUCAAAACCCAACCCUUUAAUCAUUGAUGUUCUUCCAAAUUAUCCCCUCAAUUUUCUCACUCCAAAGAUCCAAUUAUGCAUUGAACUUUGCCGACAAACAAGAACAACAGGGUUGUGAAUAUCAUACUUAAAGGAAAGCAUUUUCUGUUGUUGAGAGGUCAUGGCUUUGGGAAGGUAUUCCCGAAUUGACGGGCAGAAUUCUUCAAACUAUUGCUUGAUACUUUGUAUUGUGGGGUUCGUUUCAACAUGUUUGUUAGCGGCUUGGAUGACACUGUCGUCAUCAAUUAGCCCCGUUCGCACAGAAAUAACAGUAGAGGAGUUUAUGGGUGGCAUGCCAAAGAUAGUGAAAGAGUCUCAGAUUACAGAAUCUGAUGCCAAUCACAAUACUGAGCCUAAAGAUCAAAAAGUAGUUGAACCUGAGAAGGAGCUGAAUUCUCAAAAGGUAAAUCAAGGGUUGGUUUCUGGGGAUGGAAAAGAAACCAAGGUUGAAGAAAUAGAUGCAAUGAAGAUGCAGGAUGAAGUGAUCAAUCAGAGAGAGAAUUCAGGUCAAGAAAUAAAUGAGAAUUCUACUGAUAAACUUUUAAAAAGUGAUACAGCUGGAAAAGAGUUGCCAAAUGAAACUUCACCUCAACCUCAAGCUAUGGCAGAGUCAGAGAAAGAAAAACUUCCGGAAGGAAUUUCAGUGCGGAAGCACCAAAAAGAUUAUAUAUGGAAAGUGUGUAAUGUUACUGCAGGACCAGAUUACAUUCCUUGUCUUGACAAUACUAAAGCUCUCAAAAUGCUGCACACAACAGGACACUACGAGCACAGGGAACGACACUGUCCUGAUGAAGGUCCUACUUGUCUCGUUCCUCUUCCGAAAGGGUAUAGGACCCCGGUAAAAUGGCCUAAAAGCAGAGACAUGAUAUGGUUCGUGAAUGUUCCCCAUACAAAGCUUGUUGAUUAUAAAGGAAAACAGAACUGGAUUAAAGUUUAUGACCGGUACCUUACCUUCCCUGGUGGCGGAACGCAAUUUAAGUAUGGCGCUCUACAUUAUGUUGAUUAUAUUCAACAGACUCUUCCUGACAUUGCUUGGGGUAAGCGAAGCCGUGUUGUUUUGGAUGUUGGAUGUGGUGUAGCCAGUUUUGGAGGCUAUCUUUUUGACAGAGAUGUUCUCACUAUGUCAUUGGCUCCCAAGGAUGAACAUGAAGCCCAAGUUCAGUUUGCACUUGAAAGAGGAAUACCUGCUAUUUCAGCUGUUAUGGGAACAAAAAGGUUACCCUUCCCUUCCAUGGUCUUUGAUAUUAUCCAUUGUGCUCGUUGCAGGGUCCCUUGGCAUAUUGAAGGUGGUAAACUCCUUUUGGAACUGAAUCGUGUAUUGCGACCUGGAGGCUACUUUGUAUGGUCAGCUACUCCAGUUUACCGGAAAGGUGGCGAGGAUACGAGCAUCUGGAAAGAGAUGUCCAAGUUAACUAAGUCAAUGUGCUGGGAACUUGUAAAGGUGGGGAAAGACGGAGUUAACAGAAAAUCUGCAGCUAUAUUCAGAAAAACUAAUUCUAACAAUUGCUAUGAGGAAAGACAACAAAAUGAUCCUCCACUUUGUGAAGAUUCUGAUAACCCUAAUGAAGCCUGGUAUACCCCACUACAGCAGUGCAUACACAAAGUGGCCAAAGAUUCAUCCGAACGUGGGUCUCAAUGGCCGGCAACUUGGCCGUCAAGGUUGGAGAAUCCUCCUUACUGGUUGAAGGAUUCUGCAAAGGACUUCAUUGAUGACCAUAACCGCUGGAAACAUGUAAUUGCCAAUUCAUAUUUGAAUGGGAUCGGAAUUGACUGGUCGUUGGUUAGAAAUGUCAUGGACAUGAAAGCAUCAUAUGGAGGGUUUGCUGCAUCUUUGAAGGAUUUGAAACUGUGGGUGAUGAAUGUAGUUCCUGUCAAUUCAUCAGAUACUCUUCCUAUAAUAUACGAGCGUGGAUUAUUCGGAAUAUACCACGACUGGUGUGAAUCGUUUAGUACAUACCCAAGAUCUUAUGAUAUCCUUCAUGCAGAUCACCUCUUCUCUGAUCUUACAAAAAGAUGCAACAUUGUCUUGGUAAUGGCAGAAGUAGACAGAAUCUUGAGGCCGGGAGGUAGGUUAAUAGUUAGGGAUGAUGCUGAAACCAGGUCCGAGGUAAGGAGCAUUGCUAAAUCACUUCACUGGAAAAUCACUCAUUAUAAUGAUAACGAUGGAUUAGUCUGUAUUAUGAAGACACUGUGGCGUCCCUCGGAAGUAGAAUCUACUGAUGGUGCCGCAGCUUGAUUAGUUCGGGUCAUUAGUCCUUAAACUCAAAUCAAUUUUGCACUGAUGAUAAUAUGAUAUAGGUAUACCUUUAUUUAUUCAGCUGCAUCAACUUUUAGUGAUGCAGUUGCUGUUUUUUGAAGAACCCACAAUUGUCAUUUGCUGUAUUCUUAUUCUUUUUCCUGGUUUAAGAGGAAGUGGGUGCAUAAUUUUGAUUGUACAAUCAUUAUGUAUGAUAAAUACAUUUAGUUUUUUAUGAAAUAUCAUUAGUUCGGGUUA